AUGAGUCUCAAAGCAGACGCCAAUUUGGACCUUUCCAAAUGGUCUACACGUUUGCCAGAUGCUCCUGCUGACGGCAGAUCGGAUGAAGAAAAAGCGGAGAUGGAAUUCGGACGGCUUACUUCUGAAAAGUGGCUUUCAAUUGCAAAAUGUGAUCCGGACCAUCCUUUUAAAGCCCCAAUUGCGGACGAGCCGCCAUACUUUGUCGUGAUUAUGACAUACUUGAAUUAUUUGGUGAUGAUUCUCAUUGGCCACAUCCGGGACUUUCUUGGGAUGCUUUUCACUCCACAGAAUUACAAAGCCAUGCUACCUCAAAACGGAUAUCCUCCUUGGUAUGCCUCUUUUGAAUCCUUCUAUCCAAGAAGAUUGAAGGGCAGGAUGGAUGACUGCUUCGCCCGCCCUAUCCAUGGUGUUCCGGGAAGAUACACCUAUUGCUUUAAUAGGGUUUCUUUUGACGGAAACAAGAACUUUUACUAUGAUGGUUCUUCCACUCCUUGCCUCAAUCUUUCAUCCUACAACUACCUUGGCUUUGCACAGUCUGUCGGCCGGUGUACGGAUGACUCCAUCGACUCUGUUAGAACGCACGGUACUUCUGCAGGUGGCCCAUGUGAUGUUGCGGGCCACUCCGAUCUCUUGAGGUCCACUGAGAAGACAAUUGCCAAGUUUGUGGGAAAAGACGAUUCUCUCAUUUUUUCCAUGGGUUACGGCACAAACGCCCACUUGUUCACCUCGCUGCUCAAUUCCAAGUGCUUGGUUAUUUCCGACUCGUUGAAUCACAGCUCCACUAGAUUUGGAAUCCGUCUUUCUGGUGCUGCAGUUAAGGUUUUCCCUCAUAAUGACAUGGCAGCCCUCGAGAGCAUCAUCAGAGAAUCAAUUUCACAGGGCCAGACCAAGACACACAGACCUUGGAAGAAGAUUCUUGUCUGUGUUGAAGGCUUGUACUCCAUGGAAGGUGAAUACUGCAAUUUGCCGGCAGUUGUCGCAUUGAGAGAGAGAUACAAGUUCUAUCUUUUCAUCGACGAGGCACACUCUAUCGGUGCACUUGGUGAGCAUGGACGUGGCGUUACAGAGUAUUUCAACAUCCCAUCCAGCAAGAUUGACAUCAUGAUGGGAACCCUGACCAAGUCUUUUGGUGCUGCCGGAGGUUACAUUGCUGCUACUCAGGAUAUCAUUGACAGACUGCGUGUGGACUUCACCACCAAUAUAUACGGUGAGACUCCCCCUCCUCCUGUGCUUCAGCAGAUUCAAACAUCUAUGAGGAUCGUGGCUGGUGAGCUAAAUGGCAAUGAGGGAAAAGAGAGACUCGAAAGAAUCGCAUUCAACUCGAGGUACCUACGUCUUGGCCUUAAGAGAUUGGGCUACAUUGUUUACGGUAACGACGACUCUCCCGUGAUUCCAGCCUUGCUAUACACGCCGGCUAAGAUGCCGGCAGCUUCCAGAAUGUUCCUCAAGUACGGAAUUGCAAUCGUCAUUGUCGGAUACCCUGCAACUGCACUUAUCACCUCACGUAUCCGUUUCUGUGUCUCAUCUGCCCUAACCAAGGAAGAUAUCGACCGGAUUUUGGCCGUCGCCAACCUAAUUGGUGACAAGAUGUGCCUCAAGUUUGGUUCUGGAAUGGCUGGUGGUGAGCACCAUCCUGGAGACUGGAAAAAGGGCAUUCGUCCAAGAUGGUCUCUAGAAGAAGUCUUGGCUAAGACACCCGAGGAUUGUAAGAAGGAGAUGUACUGA